AUGGCUUCGGAAUGCCUGAAUCGAACAAAGAAAAAUUCACCUAAAGAAAAUAAGAGAGCUAUAAAGGCCAAGUGGAGCAAUAGUGAAAGUGAAUCAACAUUGAUUGAUGACUUCUCUUCUCAAGAUGAUGAAGAGAAUUUCACGACCUUUGUAGGUUCAAUCUCUUCUUCCCCUAGAGAAACUUCAAUGAAUGAAGUUAAGGCAACUCCUACCACGAAGAUAGAAGACUUAGCAGAAAAAAUCCCUACAUGUGGAGCACUGGAGGAUGAAGAGUGUUUUGAGGAUAUACAAGACGCAUAUGACCAAUUGAAUGUACAAUUCCUCAAACAACAAAAGAAAGUGUUUUCCUUCAAUGAUCGGGUUAACUCAAGUAAAGAAGAUAGAAAAGCACUUCAUCUGGAUCUCGUGAAGCCCAAGACACAAAUAUGUGGACUAGAGGAAGACAAGAAAUCUUUCCUCGAUAGA